CACAUCUCAAGGUGCGGCGCACGCUUUUGAAUGAGGUUUUUAUCUACCCAAAGCCCUCCUGCGUUAAUCCUACUCAGACAAACCACUUGUGCUGAUCUGCUCCUGACCUUGAGCCUGUCCUCACAGCAUCGUUGUGUGCCGCGGGAACAUCUAUUUUGUAUGUGACUUCUACAGGGUCAUCCAGCUGCUGUUAGAAUCUGAACUGAAAAGUCUCCAGUUUUUGUCCUGCUGGCAGAUUUCAUCAGCAGAGGCUACCAUGACUUUGGACAAAUUGGUUAUCAAGUGUGGAAACUUUGCAGUCUUGGUAGAUUUCCAUAUUGCGCCGCAGGACCGUAUGUGGUUUUCUGAUCAUCAGAGAGAGGAAGUCUGCCUUCUGCUGAAAGAUGCAGUUGAAUCAAGAGUAAAACAGUACUUGAGAGCACGUAAAUUGCAUGGCCGGUGCAAGCCAACAGAAUAUGGAAAAGCUAAUCCUCUGUCUUUAAGAGCGGACGAGUUUCACGUUUCAGCUUAUUUCGUCAAAAGAUGGGCUAAUCUGCGAUGUAUUGGACAACAGUACAGUGAAUUGCGUGUAUUUCCGGAUCGUUUUGUGAUUUAUGUCUCAAGACUUGAACCCAAUCCAUCUUCUUGGGUCAGUGAAAGUGUGGCACUGGAGGAAAAACUGUUCACCAAGGUGUCUGAAUAUUUUCAAGAUAGAAAAUGCCAGAGUUCCCUGACUCAACAGGAAAAACAAGAUACUCUGAAAAAAUUAGUGAAGAGGGCAACACCAGCUAAUGAAAGGGAACCUCAGCCCAGCAAGGACACCAUGAAAGUAUAUCUUGGCUCCCCGGGCUCAGACAGGGAGUAGGAAGAAUGCAUUUUCGAUGCUCAGCCUGAAGGAAAAUGUAGGCGUAAAGCACAACCAAAAGAUUGCAUAAAUACAGCUGAGCGCAGUUUGGGACUUCCUGUUUCAGAAUGGGCAAUGAUGCGAACUGGAGACAGCCAAGCAAUGCUAACAGCCAGCAAAAACUUCAUUUGUGGAGUGGUUAGACCUGACUUCUCUGC